CCCUCUUUCUUUUUCAAGUCGUUUAAAAUAUGUUUAUAUUAUGUGUACCUUCAUUUUGUUUAGGAACGAGAAGUUCUACACGUGCUGCGACGAGCCGUACCUGGACAUCACCUUCAACAUCACGAUGAGGAGGAAGACCCUCUUCUACACCGUCAACAUCAUCAUCCCCUGCAUGGGGAUCUCAUUCCUCACCGUCCUCACGUUUUACUUGCCUUCGGACAGCGGAGAAAAGGUGACGCUAUCCAUCUCGAUAUUGAUCAGUCUCCACGUGUUCUUCUUGCUGGUCGUGGAGAUCAUCCCGCCGACGUCACUGGUGGUGCCGCUUCUCGGGAAAUAUCUUAUAUUUGCUAUGAUAUUAGUGUCUAUAAGUAUAUGUGUGACGGUAGUGGUCCUGAACGUCCACUUCCGUUCGCCGCAGACCCACCGGAUGGCGCCGUGGGUCAAGCGGGUCUUCAUACAUAUCCUGCCGCGGCUACUCUUCAUGAAAAGACCGCAGUACAAGUUCGACACCACGAGGUCGCGGUACACGGCGUGUGGGGUCGUGGUGCGGUGCGGCGGGACUGCGCGCCCUCUGUACCCGUACCGGCUGGCGGCCGCGGACGACGACUGCUGCGCCCCCGGGGCCUGGCCCCCGCCCGCAGCGCCCCCGCGCCCUCUCACCAGGACCCCCAGUAAAGAGGACCUCACGCAUACCACUUAUCUUAAUUCGGGUAUGGGGGACAGCAACAGGUUUGGCGGCAGCUGUCUAGUCCACGGGUCCAGUGAUGGCGGUGGGGCCGCGGGCCUAGGCCUCGGGGGUCUAGCGGGGCCCGCUGCGGAGGACGAGACCCUCAGCCCCGUGCCAGACCCUCCGCCGGGGUUCAGUCACUCCGCGUGUCCCCCAGAAGUACACAAGACAUGCUUUUGUGUUCGUUUUAUUGCGGAACAUACGAGGAUGCUGGAGGAUUCCACUAAGGUAAAAGAGGACUGGAAAUACGUAGCGAUGGUACUGGACCGGUUAUUCCUGUGGAUCUUCACGCUCGCAGUACUCGUGGGCACAGCAGGGAUCAUCCUGCAGGCACCGACACUCUACGACGACCGAGUGCCCAUAGACAAGCACUUUAACCAAUACGCAACCUCAUCGCUCGUACGAUGUCCCCCACCAACGUAAAAUGGAUUGUGACGUCACAUGUUUAAGGAAAUAUGACGUCAGAGUAUAGUAAUCGUCGUUAUUUAGGUACCUACAUGUUGUAUGAAAAACCUCCGCUUAUUCCAAGUGUGUUGGUAGAACAUUCUAAAUGUCUUCUAAGAAACACCGUUUUCGAUAGCGUAAUUUUAGAUAGAUAAUUAUAUUUAAAUAAUACUGCCCUCAUAGAAAAACGGUUUCUAGUUUAAAAUAUUACAUGUUAUUCGAUGUUCAUAAAUGUGUCGCAUGCAAUAAUUAAAUAGCGAUUAUUUGUACUUCAUAGGCCUGUCGAAAAUAUACCCUGACGUCUUAUUUCCGAUAGAAACAAUUAAUAUUAUGAUUAAUCAAUAAAUAUUAGCAACGGUGUCUUUAUAGGUGCUGUAAUUUGUUUGAGAAAAUGGUCCAAACGUAUUUUGUUAAUUUUGCUUUUUUAAUUCUCCUUUGAAGGGCUUUUGUGGCGGUUUUCGUGAACAAGUUACAGUGAGACUAGCGCCAUCUGGGGGCCUGCCACCAAGUCACAAAUUUAAAAAAUGUCGGAAUUGUGGGAACGUGAUAGCGCUCUACAUGGCGUAGAGCAGCAGCUCUCUUUCACGACGGUUUCUUGCUCUGAGGUGUUGGUAGGCCCCCAGCCCGCCGUUGUGACAACACCCAACGCACACCCGUCCCGCCCGAAACGUGUUCUAUUCCACGACACGAGUCUCUCUUUACGUAUCUAUAAUGUUAAUCUUAAGUACUUUCAUAUCUUUCAUAUAUCUUACUCCUGCACCCUACAUUAGUGUUACAUUCAUAAUUAUUUAGGUCCUACAACAGUUUGAGAUUUUCUCAAACACCCAUUAUCGUCUAUGAGACAAUAAAACGUAUUGUUUUUCCUAGAUUUAUUGCAUUGUAGUUAAUUCUGAGACGAUUUCAUUAAAUUAUCAUAAUUAAUACAACCUAUAAUUAUAGAUAGAGGUAAGUUAAUGAACGAAACACCACCAAAAUAAACGUAUCUGUGUUCAACUACAUCAUUUAGUGUUAGGUAUUUGUAGUAGCACCAUUGUCUAAGCUCGCAUUGCCAUAGACCAAGUAUGCUUCAAGCACUUUGCUGUGUCAUACCUACCUAUGCAUCAGUCAGAUCUUUUGAGAGCGUUAUUCUCCAAAAUGUCAGCGCUUUAAUUUCCAAAAAUUGCUAACAGAAGAACAGGAAUCGUGUUCCAUUAAGCAAAGUAAUGCCAUAAUAAAGAAAAAACGUCAAAAACUGCAAUAAAAAGCCGAGUCGGCUGUCAAAUUGCGUCAUCAAAGUGGCAGCAAAAUCUCUUCACUAUUUUCGCGUAUUUUUCUUAACGCCAGAAUUUAUAAUAAAACCAUUAAUUUGGAGAAUAGCCUUGCAGAUUUGACACUCAUAAAGUUCGUCAUUAGUGAUAUAACGUAGACAUCGAAGUCAGGUGUUAUAUUAAGAGUUUCAUAGGCACUAGCUGUAGUCUAAUCUAUCUUGAAUCAUGCUGAUCUAUCGACUAGUUUCUUUCAACUCUUCUACUAUUAAGUAAUAACUAAAUUUUGUCGUAGAAUAGAACAUGUACUUUAAAAUAAGAAUAUCGAUUUUAUUAUUUAUAAGGAAUAAGAAACCUAUGAAAUAUAUCCAUUUUAUUGUUAGCUUCGGGAAAACGAGAUUAUGUUAAUAGAAUCAAUAAAUAUUGUAAUAAAUGUGUACAAGCCCAGUGUAAAGUAAAAAAAAUAUCCUUAUGAUAAUAAGUACAACAUAAUAAUUUACAUUAAGAAGAUAAUUGCUCAAUUUUAAAACCCCGUACCUUUAUUAUUUCUGCUGCAGCUAAAAUCGCUUCUAAUUUGUUUUUAAGAUAUCAAAAGCAAUCGUACAAGAAUGUAUUGCAUUUAAUAUCUUCCAUAAUUAUUUAAGUUACUUUAAUAAUAUACUCAAUGUAAUGCAACGCACUUCUGGAUACAGACCCCUCAAACAACGGAGGUCUCAACUUAAAUGUCUAUAUAUAACUAUAUACCUAUACGUUUGUUAAAUAUAUAUUAUACUGUAAAUAAAAUUACUAUAUUAAAUAUACUCGGGGCACGCGUUUGAGCAAUAACGGUGCCAAAUCUUUGGACAGGAAUUGAAAUUACAUAAUAAUUUAAUAUGAAAGAUACACAAAUAAACACCAAAUUUUAAAAAUGUUUGUACAAAAAUAAAUAUCGAAUAUAAACCAUUAAGAUUUAAAGCUUAUUGUACUGACACGAUGGAAUGAUUGUGAUGCAAUAUUACGGGAUGCGAGGCUAUAGUCGAAUAUUCAAAUGCUUAAACAAUAUAUUAUGACUGCACGGGUAGUCGAGUGGUAGGUAAGUCACCACGCCGAAUUCACAAUUUGCGACGUGUCGCGGUUUCGAUCCCCACGUCGGGCAAGCAGUUUUUGAUGCACAUAUUUGUAAACGACAUUUCACUAAGUGAGGUUUGAGAUACCUAAUGCUAUGAUACACCAAGUCAAAUAUCUCAAGUAUUCGAUGCCCUAAUUCUCAGCUCAAAGUUAUGUACGUAUUGCAAAGUAUUAAAUUGUUAACAAUUUCUAAGAACGGUAAAGGAAACCAUCGUUGGGAAAUCACAAACUUGAAAUAAAUCAAAGGUGUGUCAAGCCAUGGCACGGUCGUACUGACGGUUUAGAUAUGUGUCAACCAUACGGAAAUAAGAAGACUUCACAGUGACAGACACAGAAUUACACUUAAAUCUGUCCCUUUCUAACUUACAAGUACGUCACAUUUGUAAAUUACUCUUGCUCUUCAUUACGAGAUAAAACAUAGUACAUUCGCUUGCUUAUCCCCGGUUGACUGGUAUAUAUAAUCACUCAAUUAAACAAUAUUACUAUCAAUAAAUUAAUUUAUUUCACUUAUCAAUACAUAACUUAAACAUGAGCUAACAGCGAAAUUACAAAAAGUAUAAAUUUCUAAUGAAAGGCAUUUAAAUAUUCGGCUAUGUGUGUGUCUAUAGAUGUCAAUAAAUGAAUAGAUGGAGUAUUGGUGCGUAGAUUAAUACCCUAAUAAACAUUAAUAAUCUAAUAUACUUAAUUAUUAAGAUAAUACACAUUGACUGCUCGCAGUAGAGUAGCGCAGCUCAAUUGUAGAAGUAUAAGUUUGUAAGUACUUAUUUAUAUUGUUAAUAAAACCGUUAUAUAUAGAA